AUGGCUAGGGUUAGUGCUUUGUUUCACUCUUUUCUCUUGGUUUCUUCCCUACUACUGGCUUCUCAAACCCUAGUCUCCUCUAGGAAACUAGAAAAAAAACCUUCCCUUGUCCCUGGAUUAUCGUGGAAUUACUAUUUCAUAGAAUGUCUAAAUCUUGAAGGGAUCGUGAAGGGUCAUCUGGAGAAAGCUUUCAAGACGGAUAAAGGAUUAGCUCCUGGCAUUCUUCGACUCUUCUUCCAUGACUGCUUUUCUAAUGGUUGUGACGCGUCCAUAUUGUUGAAUGCAGACGAUGGACAAGAUGAAAAAAGCCACCCUGCUAACAUUGGUAUAAGACCAGAAGCUCUUCAAGUCAUUGAAGACAUUCGAAGUCGCAUUUAUUUGCAGUGUCUUCCGGUUGUUUCUUGUGCAGACAUCCUUGUUCUUGCAGCACGUGAAUCUGUUCGCCAAUUGGGAGGCCCAAGUUUCGAUGUGCCCCUGGGAAGAAAAGACAGCUUCACAUUUGACCUAGACGGACCGGACAACCUCCCACCUUCAUUCUUCCGAACUGACGAGCUCCUCGAUCUCUUCGCCGAGAGAGACUUCGACGCCACAGAACUGGUCGCCCUCUCCGGCGCCCACACCUACGGUAGGUCCCACUGCCUCUCUCUGGCCAACAGAACCACUGAAUCGGACCCACCCAUCGACCCGGACUUCAAGAACAAGCUCCUGGCCACGUGCCCCACUCUUGAUUCCGACAACACCGUGGACCUGGACGUGCGCACCCCGGCCACGUUCGACAACAUGUACUACAUCAACCUGCUGAAUCGGCAGGGUGUGUUCACCUCGGACCAGGACCUCGCGAGCCACCCCCAGACGAAGGAGAUCGUGAACACGUACGCCUCCAACCAGAAGGAGUUCUUCAAGGCAUUCCAGGACGCGUUUGUGAAGGUGAGCCAGAUCGACGUCAUCACGAGUCGCCAGGGCAAGGGAGAGAUUCGCAAAAAGUGCUUCACCCCCAAUAAGAAGAGCAUGGUUUCAGUGGAGGGUGCGGUGGAAGAAGUGGUGCAGUUGGCAGAGACCAUUUGA